AUGGCAUCCCUCAUAAGAACAGAACACUACGAACCCUACCUAGACCUCUCCCCCCACCUCCUCCAAACACAAUUCACGAACAAAACAGUCCUCAUAACCGGAGCCGGGUCCGGCAUAGGCGCAUCCACAGCUCGCAGCUUCGCCCAAGCCAACGCCGCGAAACUCAUCCUCACCGGCCGCACCGAGUCCACUCUCCAGAAAACAUCAGCCGCCCUCCGCGCAGAUUUCCCCCAUCUAGAAGUCUCCCUCCACGUAGGCAGCGUCUCCUCCCCAGUAAACGUAGCCUCUCUUUUUGCAAGCCUAGACCGCUCCCCCGACGUCCUCGUGAACAAUGCCGGGUACCUCUCCGAGCCGAUGAGCUUCGUCGACGCAGAUUUGAACGACUGGUGGCAGGGCUUCACGACGAAUGUAUUUGGCACGGCGCUUAUGACGCAAACAUAUCUCCGCCACCGGAGGGGCCUCAAGGCCGGAGCGGAUGGCGAGAAACCGGGCGUGGUAAUCAACAUCAACACGAAAGCGGCGUACGAGUUUCAUAUCCCCGGUAUGAGCAGCUACGGUGCAAGCAAGGCCGCGAUGCUCCGUUUAGCGGAAGUCGUUACGGAUGACGUCCCGGUGUCCGAGGCGCGCGUCGUCUCCCUUCAUCCUGGCGCGGUGCAGACGGCUCUAUUGACCAAGUCUGGGUUGAAAAGGAAAUUGGCGGAUGAGAGACUAGCGGGGGACUUUGUGGUUUGGAGUGCUUCGGAGGAGGCGGCGUUUCUGAAUGGGCGGAUGGUGUUGGUGAAUUGGGAUGUCUCUGAGUUGGUUUCGUGGAAGAGUGUUAUUGUCGAGAAGGAUCUGUUGAGGAGCAGUAUCAGGGAGACUUAG